AUGCCGAUGCCAAAGUCUUCUUAUAUAAGUGACGUCUGGAAAGACGGCAUAUUCGAUAACAAGGUCGUCUUCUGCACUGGCGGUGCAGGCACGAUAUGCAGUGCUCAGGUUCGUGCUCUCGUCUACCUAGGUGCCAAUGCAUGUAUCGUCGGGCGUAAUGUCGAAAAAACAGAGACGAUGGCCAAGGACAUUGCCACGGCCCGCACAGGGUCCAAGGUGCUCGGUAUCGGCUCGGUGGAUGUACGCAGCUUCGACAGCGUCAGAAAGGCCGUGGAUCGAUGCGUGGAGGAGCUUGGGGCUGUCGAUUUUGUCAUUGCGGGAGCGGCAGGGAACUUCCUGGCCUCGAUCAAUCAGCUUUCUGUCAACGCCUUUAAGUCGGUGAUGGAUAUCGAUGUUCUGGGGUCAUACAACACACUAAAGGCAACUAUACCCCAUUUGGUUCGAUCUGCCGCGAAACACAAGUCUGACGGAGCAUCUCCAUCACCAACCGGAACCGGUGGAAGGAUUAUCUUCGUCAGUGCAACUAUCCACUAUACUGGCCUGCCUAUGCAGACACAUGUGUCUGUUGCAAAGGCGGGUGUGGACGCUCUGUCAAACAGCGUGGCUAUUGAAUUCGGUCCUGUGGGAGUGACAUCCAAUGUCAUCAGCCCUGGUCCAAUUGGCGAAACAGAGGGCAUGCUACGACUGGCCAGGGGUGAUGCAAAGAAAAGCACCGAAGCUGCUGUCCCGCUGGGCCGCUAUGGCUCCGUCAAAGAGAUUGCUGAUGCAACUAUAUACAUCUUUUCGGACUCUGGCAACUUUGUCAAUGCCUCGACUGUUGUCGUCGAUGGAGGAGCAUGGCGUUUACAAGCGGCAGGAAUAUCAGGAAGUGGCUUCUCUUAUCCCGACUUUCUCCUGUCGGGGAUGGAAGUCACAGGCGUUUCAGGGCAGAAGAAAGCUAAGCUUUGA